AAGGUCCCACUAGCCCAGAAUGUUGUGGAACGUAACGGUUAACCUUUCUCCCUCACCACCAAAACCGAAGACGUCAAAGCUCAACAAUCGCGUUCAAGAAUUGAACAAUUGGAAGCAAUUACGGUAGUUUUGAUAUGAUUUUGGCUUCUUACAAUAUUUCCCCAAGUCUCCUCCACAACCCCUUAAUUGCUCGUCAAUUCAACUCAGUUUCAAGAAUCAAUCAUAGAGUCCCAAAAAAUUUGCAAAUUAUUAGUGCCCAGAAGAGAUGUUUGAGAUGCAACACCCUUUAUGAAGACAAGGACAACUCCCCAACUGCUUGCUCGUUCCAUGGCCACACCACUGGUAUGAAAAUAUGCCCAUGUGUAUUUUCUUAACUGCAGUCUUGUAUAUGAAAGGAGAGAAGGGAUUAUUUUCAUUAGCACCGCCUCACCAAGGAAUUGACGGGGAAUGGAGUGAUAAAUCGGGAGUGAUUGUUUACAAAUGGAAUGAGAAAGACAACAGACCAAACACUGGUAUAUCCAACUGGCAAAAACGAUGGAGCUGUUGUGCUGAAUAUGACGAAAAUGCUGGACCUUGUCGAAAAGGAUGGCACGUAUCGUAUGAUGAUGGCUUCACCUUGUAUUAGUUACUGUUGCUUUCUAAUUGUCUGCACAGAAUAAAAUGACACUCAAAUAUGAAUGAGAAAAUUAUAUAUUUUUCCAGAAUUUUCUGCAUAUGGUAUAUAGUAACAUACAAGUAAAUAUUUUGCUUUGAAUAGUUUCUGCGUGCAAGAUUCUGUGAAGGAUUUACAUUUAUGAAGUACAGUUUCUUGUAA